CCCCGACUAUUUAACGCUGAGGUGCCUCCGCUCCACGCAGGUGGAUUAUUCUUCGAGACGCUUUUGAGCGGCAGACCAAACCAGACCUCCUUCCGUGCUUGCCUUCAUUAACACCGUCCGUCCCCCCUUUCCUCCUCUCAUUCACGUCCUUGACAAAACUUCCCCCACUAUUGGUUGCUUGCGACAUCGGCGCUGCUCCUCCCUCUUCGCUGUACAGAGGACUCGGGUGUUAUCCGUUUGCCCAUAAUCUGCAUCUCAAGUCGUUGAUUUCUUCUCGACCUCUUGUGUGCUGCCGCCUGCAUUCAACAUGGCCGACGACUCGCGCGCCGAGACUUCUUCCCAGUUGUCGUCCAACACGGACCACGGGUCGGUCGACUCGGGCUUCGUCUCGGGAAACACAUCCACCGUCAGCCUGCCCCGGAUAUCCAUCACUCGGCCACACCUGGACCAUCUCAACAAGCAACUGGAGUCGCUGCACCCAAUGGACAUCCUCCGGUUCAGCAAGAUCUUCUUUCCCAACCUCUACCAGUCGACGGCGUUCGGCCUGACGGGCCUCGUCACGAUAGACAUGCUCUCCAAGAUCAACGCCGACUCGCCCAGCCCUCAGCCGGUCGACCUCAUUUUCCUCGACACCCUCUACCACUUCGAGGAGACGUAUGACCUCGUCGAGCGGGUCAAGGCCCGGUAUAACGUCCAUGUCCAUGUUUUCAAGCCGGCGGAUGUCGAGACCGUCAGCCAGUUCGAGGAGUUGUACGGCGAGAAGCUGUACGAGACGUCAUCUGAACUGUACGACUGGAUCGCCAAGGUGGAGCCAUUGCAGCGCGCCUAUUCCGAACUGAAGGUUGCCGCUGUGCUCACGGGCCGGCGUCGGUCGCAGGGAGGCCAGCGGGGCGACAUCAAGGUCAUCGAGCUAGACGAGGAGCGCGGCGUUGUCAAGAUCAAUCCAUUUGCGAACUGGACCUUCACCCAAGUCAAGGCCUACAUCGAUGAGCACAACGUGCCCUACAAUGCACUCCUCGACCGGGGAUACAAGUCGGUCGGCGACUGGCAUUCGACUGUUCCUGUCGGCGAGGGUGAGGAUGAGCGUGCCGGCCGGUGGAAGGGACAGGACAAGACCGAGUGCGGCAUCCACAACAAGCAGAGUCGCUAUGCGCAGUGGCUUGCGCAAAACGCACGCCAGAAGGCUCAAGAAGUCCAGGCCGCCUGAGCAAUGGCCGGACAGCGGGUGCUAGAGGGGUUAAUGACGGGCUGACGAUGAGAUGACGAUGACUGCGAAGGGGUACAUACACAUUUCACAGGCAUCAUGAUGGCAUUAGUACGGCGUUAGAAGGGUGCGCGGCGUUCAGGGGUAUCGGUCCUCAUGACCAUCGGUGGAUUUCUGCUUUUAAAUCGCAUUUGGCGCGGUAGGCUUGCAUCAUCGGUAGCGUUGUCUGCAGCUAAAGUAGCCCUGGAGCUAGAGAAUCAAAUAUUCAGAGAACCACACUCGUGAUGUCGUCGUCGACGUUGUGUGGAAUAUGGAUGGAGGUGGAAUGCGGGGACUGGGAUGGUCACGAGAUCCCGACGAUCUUCCUAGAUAAAUGGCUUGA